AUGCAGAACUUCAAAUGGGCGCUGCUUGGCCUGGCCAUCGUGCCACAAACCCUGGCAGCCGACACCUUAUCCACGAACGGAUUUCACCUGUGCAUGACCGAUUCAGCAAUCAACUUUCAAACGAUGGAUAUUACCUACACUCGGUCUACUGGCGUAGUGGUCUUCGAUGUGGCGGGUACCAAUGCCAUGGAACAGAUGGUGUUGGCCUCUAUCAGCAUCACUGCCUAUGGCCACGAAAUCUACAGCAAAGAAUUUGAUCCCUGUGGUACUGACAUCCAUGUGAAUCAACUGUGCCCCGUCCCCAAGGGCACUUUCAAGGUCAGCGGAUCCGUGGAGGUUCCAUCGAAAUAUGCCAGCCAGAUCCCUGGCAUCGCAUUCAACGUUCCCGACUUGGAUGGUCAGGCAAAGCUUGUCCUGAAAUCCAGGAAAGACCAAGGUAAUGUGACGUGCCUCGAGUCUCAACUGACCAACGGCCACUCCACCAGUGUCGGCGCGGUCAAAUAUGCAACGGCCGGCAUUGCGGCCGGCGCUCUAGCACUGAGCGGUGUCUCGGCCAUGAGCUCGGUGGGAGUUGUUGGUUCACCGACGUCCGGCCCUGGAUUUGGCGAUGUAAUGGGCUGGUUCCAUUCCAUGGCCACCAAUGGCAUGCUCAGUGUCGCCUACCCCCAAGUCUAUCGCAGCUUCUCAUCGAAUUUCAUGUGGAGUACGUGUAUGAUCUCCUGGCCUGGCUUGCUGAAGUCCAUCGACAAAUUCCGAGGGGCCACAGGUGGCAACUUGACCGUGGAAAGCUAUGAGCUCCUGAAGAAAGCCACAAUGAUGCGAAAGAGCUUCUCAUCCACCAAUACAACCAAACGGAGCUGGGAAUACACCCUUCAAUUCGGCGACCUGGUCGCUCGCUCGGCUGAGACUGACGAUGCUAGCUCUUCGAGCAGCGAGAGCAGUGCAUCUAGCAAGGUGAACGACUUGAAGCAAGUCGCUCAAGAACUGAUGAUUCCUUCUGCCGAUGUUUUCAUGAAUGUCCUCUUGAUCUUCGCGAUCGUGAUUGCGGCGGUUGUGGUCGGUAUUCUUCUAAUGAAGGUCGUUCUGGAACUAUGGGCGCUGUAUGGCAAAAAAUUUCCUGAACAGCUGGCCGAAUUCCGGAAGGAUUACUGGGGCCUGAUGGCGCGGACAAUCACCAACAUGAUCCUCGUGCUGUACAGUAUUUGGGUGCUAUACUGUGUCUACCAACUACGAAAGGGUGACUCGUGGGGUGCAAAGUUGCUGGCCGCUUUGACCCUCACACUCUUCACGGGGCUUCUUGUUUUCUUUGCUAUUCGCAUUGCCUACAAGGCCCGCAAAUACAAGAAGAUUGAGGGAGAUACCAGCCACCUGUACGAGGAUAGGGAAACCUGGAAAAAGUACAGCAUGUUCUACGAUGGCUACAAGAAAGACUUCUGGUGGAUCUUCAUGCCCGUCAUUGCGUACUCAUUAGUCAAGAGCUGCAUCAUUGCCGGGGGCGAGGGACACGGUAUGUUCCAAAGCGCCGGCCAGCUGGUCUGCGAAGUCCUUCUAUUGGCACUCUUGGUGUGGAGUCGCCCAUAUGCCACCAAGGCCUCAUUGGUAAUCAACAUCGCCGUCCAGGUUGUCCGGGUUCUGUCCAUUGCUUGCGUCCUGAUCUUUGUCGAAGAACUCGGAAUUUCCCAGACAACAAAAACCGUUACCGGCAUUGUCCUCAUUGUCGUGCAGUCCACGCUCACUGCAGUCCUCGCUAUUCUCAUUGCUGUCAACACCAUCAUCAAUUUCUCCCGCGAGAACCCGCAUGCGAAACAGAGAAGAGAAGCUGAAAAAGCCACCCGCGACUUCGACGAUCUGACUCCCUUGGACGCCCGAGACUCUCUCCUGAUGGACCACCCACAGCGCAAGGAGUUCGCCGAGAUGAACAACUUCAACUUCACCGGCCCUCACGAGUCUUACCAAGAUGAGCCUAGACGAGCCAGGUCACCUAGCAACACCGAAAGCGCUGGCUUAGUCCACAACGACUACGGCGUAGCGCACGGGCGCAGCACAAGUGCUGACAGCCAUGGCUUGCGUGGCUCCAUCGAAGGUCGUCAUCCCACGGCCCCGGGCUACGGAAUGGCAUACUAA